UUAGUGUAAAAAUGAUAGGCCCAACCCAAUGCCCCAAUCCAUUAACUCAGUAUUCAUUUUUACACAAAAGUUUCCAGUAACCCUAAAACACAACACGACAUUCUUGGCCGCCGUCCAUCUCCAUGGCGUCAAACCCUAACCAUAGUAAAAAACUCACCCACAGCCGUCGUCGCCACUCGCCACCACCAUCCACACCUUUUAUCCUCAACCUAACAUUGUCACAAUAAUCUCAAGAUCUCUGUAUUUUCUCGUUCAACCUCGAACUUCAACCUUUCAAAAUCAAGACACUCGUUCAACCACAAGCCUCAACCCUCAACAUUCGACUGAAAUACGAGCUCAGCUUUCAUCGUUGACUCGGUUUGGUUGCAUUUACGGUAGCAAUAGAAAAAAAAUUAAGAGAAGACAUAUUUUCGACGAACUUCUGCAACUCAGAGGCAUUCUUAGAUUAACCAAGAAUUCAGUUUGAAGAAGCUGCCUAUACAUCCUGUUCUAAUUAAAAGAGGUAGUUAUCUAUUGUGAUUUUUAUUGAUAUGAAGUAUUAUGUAAUUAGUCAGUAACUUCUUCCUUGAUAUAUGCAAGGAGUUUGAGAUAUGCAAGGAGCUGGAAAUAUGCAAGGAGCUGGAAAUACGCAAGGAGUUCGAGAUAUGCAAGGAGUUGAAAAUACGCAAAAUAACGUUAUGGAGCAAGACACUAUAACAGCAACAACACCCAUUGAGCCAGCCGCGGAUCUUCCUCCUAUUGGCCGGAAGAAAAGAAGAGCUAAUGCAAAUGCUAUUAGAAAGAGGUCUGAGGUAUGGGACCACUUUAACCUUAUUCCUAAUAGUGAUCCCGCUACUGCGGCAUGUAAGUAUUGUCAUCAGAAGUACAUGUGUGACUCUAAGAAACAUGGAACGUCAAACUUAAAGAGUCAUAUGAAAACAUGUCCUAAGUAUCCGCUGAACUUGUCAACCGACUCUACCCAAACUGUAUUGACAUAUUCAACAACUCAAGGAGGUGUUUUGGUCCAAACAUCCUCCCGGUUUGAUCCUUUAGGUUGUAGAAAGGGGCUGGCUUACUUUAUCAUUUUAGAUGAGAAGCCAUUUAUUACCGUUGAAGGAGAGGGAUUCAAGUACUUUUGUAACCAAAUGCAGCCCCAAUUUACUAUACCAUCUAGGAGAACCAUUGCUAGGGAUUGUUUUCAGAUAUAUCUUGAUGAGAAAGUGAGGUUGAGAGCGUUAUUUAAGUCUGAUUGUAGUAGGGUGGCAAUUACAACAGAUUGUUGGACUUCGGUUCAAAAUCUUAACUACUUAACCCUCACUGCCCAUUUUAUAGAUAGAGAUUGGAAAUACCAAAAAAGGAUCAUUAGUUUUACGGUUAUCCCUAAUCACCGAGGUAAAACAGUUGGUAAGAAGGUUGAGGAUGUGUUGAAGGAGUGGGGGCUGAGAAACGUUUCAACUAUCACGGUGGAUAACGCGGCAUCAAAUGAUAUAAGCUUUGAUCUUUGUUCUAAUAUUUUUUUUGAAAAUGUUGAAAUGACAGUGCCUCUAUUGUUGAGAUAUGGAAAGUGCUUCUUUUUAUCCUUUCAGUACUUCUUUUUGAGGACACUAUUGCGGAUAGCUUUCCCUUUGCAGGUAAAGGAUUAUUUGCUUAAGCACAGAAGCACGUUGAAAUCUGAUGCUGAUGCGGUUACGGUGCUGGAUGGAACACAGAAAGGUGCUUUUCAAUGGGAAUUGAAGGAAAUGGGAGAAAAGGAUUAUGAAGCUUAUAAAAGAUAG